GGAGAAAUGGUUCUGAUGAUGUUAACCAAUGGCGAUGGGGUGAAGUUGGUUGAAGAGAAGUUUGGGAACGACAAAGCGAUGUUUGAAGGCGAACUUUCCAAAGUGACCAGUCGAGUGACUGAGGAAUAUCAUGACAAAAAAGUGGGGUUUACUACGUACGAGACUGUAAUUAAUUACAUCAACGACAAAGAAAAUAGUCGGAAGAUUAUCCUUGACGCUGCAUAUAUGAGUGACAAAGCGAACUGGAGCGGUCUCUUUGAAAUAGUUGAUUCUCCAGUUGUCAUGUUUAUGGACUGUUUAGAGAAGGGAGAGAUAAAAGACGCUGUGAAAUGCAUUCCAAUUAUCAAAGAGAUCCACUCGGGUGCUGUUGCAUUGCAAUAUACACUUGCAUUGAUCAAGAAAAUGAUCGAGAACGAAAAGGAACUUGAGAAGAUCCCGGAGUUAGUUUGGAUGUUCACUCGAAAAGAAAUCGUAGAGGGGAGUGGAGUCGGUGAAGGAGUCGAGUUACUUCGAAUUUUGCGAGUGCUUAUUAAUAAAAGUGUUGUGAUCUUGCUGAGGGAUUGUAACUUCGAAGCACUCUACAAAUUCUGUGAAAAACCUAAUGAGGUACUUGGAAACGUGUUGAAAAUGGAAUUCAGAGACGAAAUCGACGAAACAGAUGGGAUGAAAAACGCUGAGAACUUCGUCAAAUUACACCCACCACAACACGUCUUAUUCCUCGGAAAAGCCUUACUAGAAAACAACCAUUAUAUCCCAACUUUGUUACUUGGGGUCGCUUCCCGUUUAAAAAGUCUGUUAGUGUUUCCGGAAUCUAACUCGUACUUGGAAGAAUUGAUCGACGAGUUCCAGUACACCAAUCUCGACAUGGCAAAUCUCAUCAAAAAGUAUAGAGAAAUUGUUAUGCAGAGUACUGCACUAAAUGUCUAA